AGCUGGUUCACUCUUCCUUAGGUUGUUGCAGUGAUUUGUAGAUGGCCUGUCAUGCCGCUAUGAGUCUAUGAGAGUAAAGCAACGGAAACGAGGCUGGGUGAUCUUGGCUACAGCGUGUGUGCCCAUGCAUAACUUUCUGUCCACAGAAACCUGGUCGGCGACAUGGUGCACCUUGGCUUGCAAACGCCAAACAAGGACCACACGAAGGGAAGAACUUGAAGACAUGCCGCGCCAAACUCACAGACAUACGGCAUGUUGUGCACACUCACAGGCAAACUUAAAUUCGCGGACGUUUACUCAUUGUACCCUGUUCCAAUUGUUUUUCCGCAGGAAGGCCCAUAAGGAAUCAAGCAAGUCGAGGAGAUGGGCUAGUUGGUGUCUCCAAAACUUUACGUGCCGACUUGAACUGCUAUCGGCAUUUCUGUUCCAAUAUGUGCUUGGUGACCUUCCUGUUGAAUGAUUUGUCAUGGAGGAAUCUACAGAAUCAAAUUGUGGCAACUCAUGGCGUCAGAAAAGUGAUGAAGAAAGAAUGUCAAAAGAACAAAAGGUGUUAAGGGAAAUGACAACUCAUAGAGUCAGAACGCUUUGCGUUUCUCCAACCCGCGGGAAGCGCUGACAGAUGAGGCACACGGCCGCCGUUGAAUUCCUCUUUACACAACAAAUGUACUUUGGUCACUUGCUGAAAACCUUUGUUUCACGUGUUUUGUUCAAAUCUUACACCUCUUCUUUCAAAGAACUUUCCUUGUGCUCCGCUUCAAUGAUUCCCCACGACAUGUCACAUGUGACAUGUCAUGCUCCAGACGGGUCAUCUACUGUAAUGCCAUCUAACGUCCAGUUUUGCUUCUUCAUGCAGAAGAAGAAAGCGAAAGAAACAGAAGAAGGACAGACCUGUUAGUUUUCAGAAAGACAGAGGUCAUCAGAGAUACAAUAAGUUCCUUUUGCGACAGGCUGCUCAGACUGGAGAUGAAGAGAAGAACAUCCAAUCCAUUUGAAGAGACGUUUCUUUGUGUUCAUCCCUGCGUGUCCUCAUUGUCCGAUAGGUCUUUAUUUUUAUUUUUACUUCUUCGUUCCCCCAAAACUCCUGACAGGCUGAUGCCUUGACUUUGGCGCGACGUCAGCUGACUUUGGCAACGUCAGCUGAAACUUGCUGCAGUACAACUGAACAUGGCAGCGGAGGACUGGCAAAAAGCCAGGGGAACAGGAGAUGAGCAGAAAAUCAGGGAGGCGAAGGAGGAGGAGAAGGUCCAGGAAGCCAAGCAGGACUAUGUGCUGUCGCGGCACGAUCCGCUCGGCACCUCGGUCCGAGGAUCGCGAAAAAAAAAAUGGGAGGCCCAAAGGCAAGCAAGGAUUGGUGGCAGAGCUGAAGCCAGUGAUGCAACGUUUGGUGAACACCUCCUGGCCAAGGAAAGUCACGCUUUUUGCAGGAAUCGCCUAGGCUCAUCGAAGAGACAGGCGAGAUGGAGAAGAUCGAAUUAUAUAUCCGUUUGGCUCACCUUGGCCUUGGAGAACGGAGAGGCCUUUAGAAGAUGUCAUUGUGGCGCGGAUGCCGUGGCAGCUACUUCAGCGAUGGAGGGAGUUGGGAUGGGCUGAGGCCAACUUGCCUGCAUUCUCAUUCGAGGACUUUUGCCAAGCCAUGGGGGCCGGGAAAAACAUGAUGACAUUUUGAGAGCCAUGAGCACUUGAUUUCUGUUGGCAUUUCAUGGGAUGCAACAAUUGCCGGGCUCACCCGAAGACAAGGGUUCGUUAUUCAACGAGACCAUGAGAAGGGUGUGCUCGCUGAUGAAUAGCAGAAACGGUCCUGCUAUGGUGUAAGUCGGAAUGACGAUGGCUCUUGACAAUCCCCAAGCACGACACUACGUCACCUUGCCAUUGGUGGAUGAGGUUUGCGGCAAUGAAUCAGCAGUGUUUAACUUCACAAAGUAGAUGUUAUAGAGCUUCUCGACAUGGGAGAUCAGGGUGCCUUGGAGGCUUUUGGAAGAGGCGGCCAGAGAAUCUACGGAGACUGUCGACCUGGUCAUGUCUGCAGUGCGCAACAACCCCAUCCCGGGAGGCUGCAUUGUUUGGUCCUUUAGUUGCCAGGCACUGAGCAGAUUGGCGAGUAUGCUCUGGCUGCAGUCGGUAACACUUGACAACCAAGAGCGGACACAUCAGCGAAUCCAACUCCUACAUCUGGAUCUACUCGUACCUCGGAGUGCUGUCGGGUCGUCGUUUCUUGGGCACAUGGAGCUCCUGCCCUUCUUCGAGCUCUGAACCAAGUGGAGAUCGUGAAUUUGCCUUUGAAGCAAGCAAUAAGCAAGAUGAGACAAGCGAAGUGGAAAAAGCAACCAACCAUGCUGGCAACGCAAUCAAUGUGAGCGAAAGGGACGGCGAUGUUUUCUGACUUUGCCACCCUGUUGCCCAACCAGAGAUUCAUUUAAACAUAGUCAUUUUUUGAC